GUAGAGUCGAUGUGUUGACGUAAAGAUCCUCAUAAGGAAAGGGAGAUAUUGAGCGGCCGCAAGUCUCGUCUCGCGUCCGCAAUCCAUUCCGUGCGACCCCCAGUGUCACUGCCAAAAGCCAAGGAACCGGGACCAAAAGGCGCCCUGAAUGCACUUUUAAAACAUUCGCUUCCAUCCAUUGCCGCUCUCUUGUCCUUUUCGUCGAUAUAUCUAUAAUAGGCUGGCACAUUGGCAGUCGGUUCUACUUGGCGUCUUGUUUGCACAUAGCGCACUUCUCCCACUCGCGCCGGGCCCUACAACACGCUGAUCUCUGACGAAACGAAAAGCUCGCGCGAAACAAUAAUUACAUUCAACAGAGAACGUCAGCCAAAAUGGAGAAACCUGCAUUUUAUACGAGUUUCUGGGGCGAGAAUGAUAAAGGCCUAGAGGUCCUGAUGGGCCGUAUGAAGCAGGGCAAGCACGUGUGUGAAGAGCUGCACCUCAUGCUGAAGGAACGGGCUGCGAUUGAGGAGGAUUAUGGCAAGCGGAUGGCGAAACUUGCUGCGAAGUUCAACCCGAAGGAGGAGAUAGGGACGCUGCGUGAAGCGCUGGAUGUGGUGAAGAAUGAGAUUGACAAAUCGGCCAAGGCCCAUAUCGAGCUUGCGCAAGAGAUUCGCGUCAAGUUGGAGAAGCCGUUGUCGGAUUUCGUGUUGACGCAGAGCGCUAUCAGGAAGAACCACAACGCCAUUGUCGAGAAACACCAAAAAGCCAAAGCGGCGCAGGUCGCCACUGUCAUGAAAUGCAAGGAACGAUAUGAGAGUAAAUGCACCGAGGCAGCCCAGCUGUCGCAAAUGAGGCCGGAUCCUGCGUCGAAAGAUGCGGAGAAGACGAAAGCUAGACUCCAGAAAACUCAGGCUCAGGCCAAGCAAGCCGAUGCUGACUACCUAGCCGGUGUUGACAAGCUGACCGAGAUUCAUCGCAAAUGGGUGGAUGAUUUCCGGACUGCUUGCACGGAAUGCCAAAAAUUGGAAGAAGACCGGUUCCACUUUUUGCGCGGAAAUGUCUGGAACUACGCUAACUUCUUAUCAGGGGUCUGCGUGGCGGAUGAUGAGGCGUGCGAGCGAGUACGAGUAUCGCUGGAAGCAUGUGACUUCGAGAAGGAUCUGAUGCAGUUCCUGGAUAGGAGCAGCACAGGUUCCGUCAUUCCCCAGCCUCUCCAAUAUAUCAACUUCUACACCGGCGCCUCAGACAGCAGCCGAAGAAACAGCGAAGCCCGCGGUCCCGACACAGCAUCCGGCAGCAUAGAUCUGGCACCCGCACCGUACAGCGGAAUGUACGCGAACACCGAUUUGAGGCGGGACAGCUCCUCCUCGAAGCAAUCCCAAUCCAACGGGCAGCUAUCACCGGCUAGUCACGACCCAAAGAGCCCCGCGUCGGCGGAACCAGCUCUGGGAGACUCGACGUUCCAAUAUGACCCGUAUCUUGUGCCUGAGAGCAUGCCUGUUCUGUUCUCUGUGCGUGUGCUAUAUGACUACCAAGCGCAAGCUGCUGAAGAACUGAGCAUCGGCAAAGGACAGCUGAUUCCUGUCAUUGCAACACACGAUGACGGAUGGUGGGAAGGCCUCGGCUCAGAAAACGGCAAACGGAGGAAAGGCUUGUUCCCCAGCAACUUCACCGAAACCGUUCGGUAAUAGAUUUCUAGACACUCCUCUUCUCGCCCGGGGUGAUUCCCAAUAAGAUACAUGUACAGCCCAUCUAUGGACCAAUGCAGUAAAUACAUA